AUGGCACCAAAGAAGGACGUGAAGAAACCUGCUGCCGCCCCAGCCCCUGCCCCGGCACCUGCACCUGCACCUGCACCCGCCCCAGCCAAACCCAAAGAAGAAAAAAUUGACCUCUCUGCCAUUAAGAUCGAGUUCUCUAAGGCACAGCAGGAUGAAUUCAAGGAGGCGUUUCUCCUGUUUGACAGAACAGGUGAUUCUAAGAUCACCUUAAGCCAGGUCGGUGAUGUCCUUCGGGCUCUGGGCACAAAUCCCACCAAUGCAGAAGUCAAGAAGGUUCUGGGAAACCCCAGCAAUGAAGAGAUGAAUGCCAAGAAAAUUGAAUUUGAACAAUUUCUGCCCAUGAUGCAAGCUAUUUCCAACAACAAGGACCAGGGCACAUAUGAAGACUUUGUUGAGGGUCUGCGUGUCUUUGACAAGGAAGGCAAUGGCACAGUCAUGGGUGCUGAACUCCGUCAUGUUCUAGCCACAUUGGGUGAGAAAAUGAAAGAGGAAGAAGUGGAAGCCUUGAUGGCAGGUCAAGAAGACUCCAAUGGCUGCAUCAACUAUGAAGCUUUUGUCAAGCAUAUCAUGUCUAAUUAA